UCGUGUUUUCGAGAUCUGCGAUAUAGUAUAAAUUAUCAAAAUACAUUUCUAAAUAAGGUUUUUUUGAGAAUAAACUGUACAAGUUGUUAUCGUUUCAAGAUGAUGUUCAAAUUUGUUUUUUCUAUUUCUGAAGUGGCUGUGUCUAUGCCGCAGCCCACUCGUGAUCCACUGGUAGACUUUUUCCGGGGUGGGCUGUUUCGAAAACCGUUCAGUUUACCCAAUACUGAGAUACAGUCUUCUGUUUUUGAAGGUGCGUUUUCUUUUCCGCUACCUGUUCGCGAUCCACUACUAGACUUGUGCUUGGGUAUGCUUUUCCGAAAUCCAAGCUUUGCUGAUAUUCAGGCACAGAUCUUCUCUCUUAUGGUAACUAGCUCUUUAGCUUUUAUACCAGAAAUAAUUGGCUUUGGUCUUGGCGUCCACGCAUUACAUAAAGUGGCAGAGAAGUUGGGAGUUCCUGACACUGUGUUCAAAGUUGAACACAACGUCCCAGAUCAAGUAUUCGCCGAGCCCGACGGUCGUCAAUAUGUUCUGAAGAAACAGUGGAUUGGUAGUACACCUGUUUUAGCCAAGGUCUACAGUGACAAUGGACAGGUCGCUUUUGUUGACAGCAGUUCAAGUGUUGGAACUCCUGUCAACAACAACGCUGUCAACCAAGGAGAAAGUGGAAGCGGAAAUGCCGCCAUUGAAUACAGUAACGAAGAAGAAUGGAACAACAGACAUAACUGAUUUGAUGUUUGUAAAGCGAUUAUUUGUACUUAAUAUGUUAUAAAAGCACAAAUGCAAAUAAUAUUGAAUAUAA